UCGGUAUAGCACAGAGGCUCGGAGACACUGGCCACAGCAGCAGCCUCCAAAAAGAGCCAGAGGCUGCAGGUGUCUGGGCUGGAGCUCGAACUCAUUAACUGCAGCACAAGAAACCCAGGCAGCGUCUGUGGUUGUGGCUGUUAAUUGCUCAGAUGGCUCACGAAUCGAGGACACCUCCCAACCCUGCUGCCCCACUAAUCCCUAAGGCCAGGGAGGGGCGAGCACAGCGUGCCACAUAUGUUCUCCUGGCCCUGUGUGCUGCAGCGCUGUACCUCACCAGGGAGUCCCUGGUGCACACCGCCCGCAUCCUCACCGCCCACUUUGCAGCCCUCCAGAUCGGGGCACUGCUCAAGGGCAUUUCCUAUCUUGCAGAGGAGAUCUUCCACCUUGAAACCAGGCAUGGCGGCAGCUUCCGGAGGGCCCUGAGCGCCUGCCUCCCCCUGCACUGGCACGUGACCCUGCUGCUUGUCUGCGGCUCAGCCUACGUGGCUCUUCUCGAUGAAGAUGGGCAGCCGCUCGGCCUCCACCUGGGCCUGGCCUGCUUCUGCCAGCUCCUGAUCCUCACCUUCGGUCUCCAUAAGCCCUCAGCUGUGGAAAUAUCCGAGAUGUCUGAGCGGUCCAAGCAGAACGUCGCUCACGGGCUCGCCUGGUCUUAUUAUGUUGGGUACCUAAAAAUAGUUCUGCCACGCCUGAAAGAGUCAAUGGAGAAAUUCAGCAGAGCCAAUCCCAAUGUGCUGGCACACAGGGAGACCUGGAAGCUCCACAUCUUGAUUCCUCUGAGCUGUGACAUCUAUGACAACUUAGAGAAAGCUGACAACAACAUCCAGUACCUGAUGGACCUCCCCGAAACAACCCUGACCCGAGCUGGCACAAAAAGAAGAGUCUACAAACACAGCCUCUACAUGAUCAAGGAUGAAGACAACAAGCUCAGGCCCUGUGCAGUGGAGUAUGCUACCCCACUGCAGUCUCUCUACGCCAUGUCCCAGGAUGAGUGUGCUGCCUUCAGCCGAGAGGACCGCAUGGAGCAGGCCAAGCUUUUCUACAGGACCUUGGAGGAGAUCCUACAAGGUGCCAAGGAGUGUGCGGGUACCUACCGGCUCAUUGCAUAUGAGGAGUUAGGGGAACCUGAGGCCCACCUCUUGUCCAGAGAGAUUCUCCGGCACCUCCAGCAGCAAUGUCAGGAGGAGUACACUGUGUGCGAUGGGACCUUUUGCUCGACAGACCUCAACCUCCAGAUAAGCGAGUCUGAUCUGCCUCAGCCUCUGCGAAGCAACUGCCUCUGAAGCACCAGUGCUGUGUAGCCCCACACCACAGCCUCAGGGCUUUGGUCCUCUUUCUCCAAACCUCAUUCUUUUGCAGCAAAUCACUUGCAUAGCAGCGAUCCCCAACCUCUUCCAGACACUUUAACCACCAUAAACUCGCAGGGAUCAUGUCUGCUGGAAACAGCUGACUCAAACCACAGUCCUGUGACCUGCUUCCCAUUUUAUUUGUCCUUAGUGUUAUAUAUUUCUCGUACAUAUAAAUUCAUCUGGGCCUUUUUAAUCUGCUUUGACUUGUAUCGCAUAAGGCAUUUUCCUCUGGAGGAUGUUGUAUUAUUCCAAAUUUUGGGCACAACGUGCAGUCUGCCCUUGGAGAUCAUGUGAUGCUGGACAGGCCUUUGGAAAUCCCACUUGCAUGUGUUUAUGUGUGUGUUCAGUCCCCAAAACCUCCAAGCUGCAUGGUGUGGCUAAUCUGACCGCUUAUGCAGGCACAAGGAAUAUGUGCAGGACUUCCAUGAGCCCUCCAGCCUGAUGGACCGACUAUGCAGUUACACAAUAACGUCUUUACUUUCCACCAACAUGCAAUUUGGAAGUGGAAAAAGAGGUCAGGCCUGGGGAAGUGUGACAUACUGCAGUCCCGCAGUAGGAGAGCUCUCCCUGCAUUUGCUACUUCCAGUAAUUCUGUGUUGAGAGCUGCCUGCAGCACCUGCUGAUGACCUCUAUGCCCUCACCGGUCCCAUGCCCUCCACAGAAGAGCUUUUGCAGGCGUGAAUUACAUGCCAGAUGCCCUGGCCAUGCUUUGUGGCUUUCUCUAACAGCUUUAGCAAUCCUGCCUGCUGCUCUGGCCUGGCUGUUUGAGGGGAUGGGACAGAUUCCUCUUUGCAGCUGAAAAAGUCAAGUUUGGUAUAUGCACACCAGCGCCGGACUGCGUGCAGAGAUACCUGCCGAAAUGCUCACUUACUUUAUCUGAA